GUUAGCCGGGUCCAUUCAUAGUCGUCGACCCAAUUCGAACGCUGAACAGAAGUCACUUGGUGGACCGAGGCUCGUAUUACCCUCGUAGUUUAUAGGUUAUCCUCUGGUCUGUCCACACACAAUGUGUGUGUGUUGUGUGUCUGUGGGUUUGCAUGUGUCAGUAUGCAUUGUCAAUAAUCGAUUGCCCAGGUGAUAUGCAGUCUACCUGCAUUCUUUCAUUAUGGGAAGAAUGCCCCUUAAAUAUUCCGUAGUUUAUUACAUUUUUCAUGACAUGUUUAUAUUGUUCCUGAGGCAACGUCCUUUUGAUAACCGUUAUGUUGUCACCGACCUCACCUGUUCAGUGUGACUGUAACCUGUCAUAACACGUUUGAGCCACCCUAACCUUAAGUAAAGUGACAUGUAUCUCAGCGCAUUAAAAAAGUUACAAGGAUUCUUGGCCCAGAACCCUUCUUCUUUGGCUCUACUCUACUUUCAUCUUUCAAAACAAUCACAUAUGUUAUAUAUGUUGAUCUUCCCUUUCCUUCAGUGGUUUUCGGUUUCUUUAUUUUGGUGUACAGAGGUGACUCCCAAGUUGUGCAAAUAUUUAGUGCUCUGCACACUUUCUAACAUAAGCUCAGCUUUGUAAGGUAAUGGAUUCUGUUUCUCAAUUUACUGCCUCUUGUUGAUCAAUACUGCCAUUUGAGCCUAAUUUAUGUUUUAUUUAUUUGACAGUUGUUUUCAUUGGCCAUUAAUUAAAAACUCUGUAAUGCACUUCAUCAACUUUAUGUUGUUGUUAUAUGACGAGAUAAUGUAACUGGCAAUAUUGAGGUCAACAAAAGCUCAAAUUAUUGUAAAUAAUGGCUUUAUAAUUUCGCUCUUGUAUGUGUUUUAUAGUUAUUAUAUAAUAGUGUGUAGAUUUGAUGUAAUGGAAUUGUCAGAACAAAAUAUUUUUUAAUGAAGCCAUAUUCUUGGCGUCAUCUACGAAUAUUAAAUGUGAAAGCCAUUAAUAAGAACUUCCACUGUUACUUUCUUUUAAGAAAUAGAAUAGUUUUAUGUUUUGGCCAAAAUAUUCUCUACAUUUUCAAAUAUGUUAUUAUGACCUUAGCAGUUGUAUAGGAAUUGUUUUCCAUUUCUCCUAAUUGAAUCUGUCCAUGUUGACACAGAGCCUGGUGUUUUUGGCAUAUCGUUCAAAGUAACAGGAUUAUAGUUCAGUCAUUGCUUUAGGCAAGUAAGUAUGCUUAAAUGGCCAAGAAGGGAAAAUAGUAGGCAGUUAACUAUAUGUUCUUGUUUCAGACAUGCCCUACAGCUACUGGCCAUGUUUCCGAUUGGAAUAAACAUGUUCAACCGGGUUCGACGCUGUGCGUGUGCUCGCUGAUUUUGAGAUAUGGCCACUUAUAGAAAGCCAAUAGUGUGCAUUGUUGAUCCAUGGCGUUUAUCUCGGAUCUAAAUAAGACCUGUGAAGCUUUGAGCCACAUUUCCAAUUGAAUCACUUGCUGUGAACCUCAUGCCUAAAUGCUAUCGGCAUAAUGUUCAGAUAUCCAUUUUUCAGUCGUGGUUAAGAACGUUGAAUACUUAGUUCUUAACUAUGAUCACAUGUGUGGCUGAUGGGACUUGAGAGCUCCGCAGAAAAGUAUGAGAAUAACAAUGAACAAGUCAAAGUCUUUAGCCAGUCUGGAGGUUGUUGUUUGUUGGCUCUGUGGCAGAUGACAUCCAUCGUAAUGAAUCAUCCACAGGAACGAGUCAACAGAGUUCAGUACACACGUGACCACUUGCGGAUGACUGGCCUUAUCAGCCAGAAAAACCUGGUGCAUUGGCACGCCACAGGAAUCUGCUCGCCAUCUUAUCAGCCUUUUACCAAGAAAGUCAAAAGACGAAACCCAAUUGGUGGAAGCCUUGUCUUUUUCUGCUGAUUGGUCGGGGGUCACUGAGUGGCAGCCCCAUCACAUGACAUCCACCCCUGCAGUGGACCAGUGGGUGGGAAAAAGACUCUAAAACAAUAAUGUUACACAAUAACCCCAGCUGCUCCAGCAGCAACAUGGUCGCCCCAGUGUUUACAAUCAGGAGGGUUAAUUUUCAAACAGUGUCGAUGAUAAGAGUAUGGCCUCAUUAUCGGCGUCCUCUCCAUGGGAGAACCACGCGGCUCCGCCGAUGGAGUAUCCUAAGCCGGGCCAGGUAGAGGUGACCUCACCGUCCGCCAACGCCGCCACGCUGGCAGUGACGGUGCUGAGGAAGAGGCUCCGGCACUGGGGCGACUUUGAGCUCUCGGUGGGGGGGAACACAGGCACCAGUGUGUCUGAUGGGUCCUCCUCUCUGAGGGCCACCUGGUUCUGGACCAACACCAUGAACUACGUGGGCCAGCUGGCGGGCCAGGUGCUGGUCACGGUCAAGGAGCUGUACAAGGGCAUCAACCAGGCCACGCUGUCGGGCUGCAUCGACGUGGUGGUGGUGCGGCAGCGCGACGGCACCUACCAGUGCUCCCCCUUCCACGUGCGCUUCGGCAAGCUGGGGGUGAUGCGCUCCAAAGAGAAAGUGAUCGACAUUGAAAUCAACGGGGAGCCGGUGGAGCUGCACAUGAAGCUGGGGGACAACGGCGAGGCCUUCUUCGUCCAGGAGACGGAGCAACUCAACCAGAUCGUGCCGGCCCACCUGGUCACGUCCCCCAUCCCCACGGAGGGCCACCUGAUCUGGAUCAACGAGGUGGAGCGCCGCGCGGCGCAGCAGCAGCAGCACCUGGAGGACGACCCCGCCGACCCCGAGGACGCCCCCGAGCCCCACCACCCCACCAGCACCUCGGGCACCACCAAGAAGAAGAAGAGGCGGAGGAAAAAGCACAAGGGAGACCCCCGCCGCGAGGAGCUGACUCCGCCCAUGGCCCUCGUCUCGGCUAACGCUGCUGCUAACGCUGCUGCUAACGCUGCUGCUAACGUUCCCGCUCCGGCUCCUGCUGCUACGACCUCCAGCGGUCAGACUGAGGAGAUCUUUGAGAUGGAGCUGAGCUCGGACGAAGAGACGGCUGUUCUGACCCACGCCUCCAGGUCGCCAUCGAUGACCACGAUGCGGGACAUCGACCCCAAGUUGCCUGCAGCCAGACACAACCUAGACAGCUACCCCUUCUCCGACGGAGACUGGUCCAACGCUGAUGGGCUGUCGCAGGCUUUUUCCCCCAAGAGUGACUCUGAGCUCCUGGUGAAGUCGUCGGUGAGCAUGCUGCGUGCCGAGUCCCACAUGCAGUGGACCUGGGGAGAGUUCCCUGAAGCCACCAGGGCGCCCAAGAAGGAGCGGUACGAGCUCCCCAAAACGGUGACCAUCACGCCGUCCGAGAGCACCCACUUCCGGGUCAUCCUCAGCUCCGAGGCGAUGCAGAGCGAGUUGGAGCCGGGGCCCCCCAAGAUGAUCGCCAGUGGCAUCGGCGGCGGCGGCGACCGGCCCGCCUGCGCCAUCAUCAAGCCCCAGCCGCGCACCCCCACGAGCGCCACCGUCGGGCCCGUCGUGCGCUCCUCCACCCCGGUCGACGUGCAGCCCCCCCUGAAGCCCACGGAGCCCCCGGAGGCCCUGCCCCCCGGCGUGACCACGUCCACCCCCAUCAACGUCUCGGGCAGCCCGGGCAUGGCCCAGAUGGCAGGAGACGCGGGGGACGCGAGCUCAAAGUGUGACUCGCCUUCCAAGAAGAAAGGCGUCCCUAAGAGAAGCCAGCACCAGGGCCCUGAAGAUAUCUACCUAGACGACCUGUGCGUACUUGAUCCAGACGUGGCUGCACGCUAUUUCCCUAAAAGUGAGGCGGAGGCAGCCACCAAGCACUGGAUGGACUCCGAGAUGGGCUCGGGCUCCCAGUCCCCCCAGUCGGUGGGCAGCGCCGCCGCCGACAGCGGCACCGAGUGUCUCUCCGACUCAGCCGGCGACCUCCCGGACGUCACCCUGUCCCUGUGCGGAGGCCUGAGCGAGAACGCCGAGAUAUCCAAAGAAAAAUUCAUGGAGCAUAUCAUCACGUAUCAGGAGUUUGCUGAGAGUCCAGCCAUCAUCGACAACCCUAACCUGGUCGUGAAGAUCGCCAAUAGAUAUUACAACUGGACGCUUGCUGCACCACUGAUCCUAAGCAUGCAAGCAUUUCAGAAGAAUUUGCCAAAGGCGACCGAGGAGGCCUGGGUGAAGGAGAAGAUGCCAAAGAAGUCUGGCCGCUGGUGGUUCUGGAGGAAGAGGGCCGACAGCACCGUCAAGCAGUCUGAGGCCAAGCUGGAGUCCAAGGAGGAGUCCCAGAUGGAGGGGGAGGGCCGGCCCUCCCUGUCCCAGGAGCAGAAGCUGGCCAUGCAGCCCAAAGCCGGGGACUCGUCCAGCGACGAGGAGUCCAAGGAGGUGAGCGCCGCCUCCUGCCCAGAGAGGCUGCAGGGUCAGGGGGAGGCCCACGUGCACCCCAGCCCCCACGCCUACCGCAAGUCCCUACGCCUCUCCUCCAGCCAGAUCGCCAGCCUGAAGCUGAAGGAAGGGCCCAACGACGUGACGUUCAGCAUCACCACGCAGUACCAGGGCACCUGCCGCUGCGAGGGCACCAUCUACCUGUGGAACUGGGACGACAAGGUCAUCAUCUCCGACAUCGACGGCACCAUCACCAAGUCUGACGUCUUUGGCCAGAUUCUGCCACAGCUGGGCAAAGACUGGACCCACCAGGGCAUCGCCAAGCUGUACCACUCAGUCGCAGAGAACGGCUACAAGUUCCUGUACUGCUCGGCGCGCGCCAUCGGCAUGGCGGACAUGACGCGCGGCUACCUCCAGUGGGUCAACGACGAGGGCACCAUCCUGCCCCGGGGCCCGUUGAUGCUGUCUCCCAGCAGCCUCUUCUCUGCCUUCCACAGGGAGGUGAUCGAGAAGAAGCCGGAGAUCUUCAAGAUCGAGUGCCUCACGGACAUCAAGAACCUGUUCCUCCACAACAAGCAGCCGUUCCACGCCGCCUUCGGGAACCGGACCAACGACGUCUUCGCCUACAAGGAGGUGGGGGUUCCUGUGUGCCGCAUCUUCACCGUCAACCCCAAGGGGGAGCUGAUCCAGGAGCAGACCCGGGGGAACAAGACCUCCUACUGCCGACUGAGUGAGCUGGUGGAGCAUGUUUUCCCGCUGCUGAACAAGGAGCAGAACCAAGCGUUCUCCAUGCCAGAGUACAGCUCCUUCUGUUACUGGCGCCAGCCCAUACCUGACAUCAACCCCGACGAGCAUCUCUGAUCGUACGCACGCAGCCACAAACGCACACACACACAAGCACACACACACGCCAAACCCCUCGCACGCACGGCGACACACGCAAAGAACCCUCUAGACUUCUAGUAGCCAGCACUCAUGCCCCCCCCCCCCCCCCCCCCCGUCACACCAGCUUUUCCGGUUCAAACAGAAAACGUAAUGCAACGCACAAAAUGCAAAGAGGUAGGAGUUCAGGAACAUAGGAAAACCGCUGAACCCCUCACUCUGUUUAAGCAAUGGAUAUGAAGAAGUCUUCUCUUUCACUCAUCUUGCUGAACACACACACACACGUGUACGUUGGUACCGGACGGACGUCGAACAAACCAGAGGGAACCGGACACUGGGAUACUGGGCGUGGCCGGGGCAGCACUGAGCCUCCACAGUUCGACUGCUGGACGCAACUGAGCCCAUAUGUGUGUGUGUCUCUCUCUUUCUCUCCCCCCCCCCUCUCUCUCUAUCUCACGCCCCAUUCUCGGACCUCCAACCCGGACUAUGCAUGACUCCAGAUCAGAGGAGUGGGUUGGUCGUUCCGGUGCUGCUGGAUGAAGCCCCCCCCCCACCCCCCCGAGUGGCACCGGGGUUCCCAUGACAACGCACUUAACCGCUAGGCGUCUCCAAGGCGAGGGUCACGUUGUAGAGCGCCGCUAUGUGCCGCCUGAUUUAGCAUCAUCAGUUAGAUCUGUUUCAACUCUAAACAAGGAGGAGCUGAGGGUCCUGAAGCAAAUAAUAAUAAAAAAAAAGAAUAGUUCACUAGAUUUUCUGCCAGCUAACCAACAAUAAUGUGAUCUUGCUGGUUUAUUUUGUUUAUCCUCCGUCUCCUCUCGAGUCGUGCUCCACGAAGGCACUCUGAGACUCUGGAGGAGCCCGAUUGAAGUGCUGAUGUUUCAUGUUUGGUUGCACUCACAAACCCCCCCCCCCCCCCCCCUCUCCUCACACCUCUGCUCCUCGGUGCAAGUUUUGGGCUGAGCGACAGCUCCGGGGUUGCUAGGGAGAUGACAGCACUAGGGUACAAUGCUAUACAAGGCCUGGACGUAGGACUGUGUGCCGCGGGACGGGCAUAACGGUCUGAUAAGGAGAGAUGGAGGUUGUGUGAGAGGUUUAGACUCAUCGGUGUUUAGCCCGGUGUGUUAAAAGAAAACUUUGGAUAAUGUUUUUUUUGUGCGUGUGUUCACAAUCUUGUUAUCAACUCCCAUGUCUUUGUUCCCCCCCCCCCCAUUAACAAUGCAGUAAUUAUUUAUCUUAAUGUUAAGUUAUUAAUUAUUAUUUUUUGUAAAUAUUUGUUCAACAGUGCAGAUUGUAAAUGCGUGAUUGUUUGAGUGCAGGUUAAUUUAAAGACUAGCGCUAAUCACCAGAGAUGGCUAGCUAUGGCUUAACGGUGUGUUUCCUAGCCGUUUCAAUUUUAAAAAAUGUCAGUGCUCUUUGUUUCCGUCUGCAGCAGUCAUGGGAGGUGAGCUCCUAGAGUCCACAGAAGUUUGCCAGCAAACCCCCUUCUGUGUGUGUCGGCGAGGUUAAAGUGGGCAUCGGUAACGUCUGUGUGUGUGUUUGUGUGAGUGAGUGAGUGAAAAAUCUAUGAUUACUUCCGCGAGGUCAUUUCAGUUUUAUUUUAUUUUUGAACGACCACUGGCCUUUGUCCGGCACUGGGUGUAUUUGGGUGGCAGCCUUUACCCAAACUUUGUAAGAGGUUAACGCAAAACAACACACACGCACACACCACCACCGAGCCCAGCCUUAUCCGAAGCACUUUGCCUUUGCUGCACCCUCACCAACACAUAGGAUACCUUCAACGUUGCGCGUCUUCCGCCCACGUCUGCUUCACCCAACGAUGAGGCACCAGAGAACAAUGCUCUCGACGCUAUAUGUAUACGUUUCUUUAUAUUUGUUUUACUUUGCGUCCUCUAUCUACGCAUUUGCUUUGUCAGAUUUACCUGAGUGUGUUUUUUGUGUGAUAUAUAUGACACACAGCCUAUUGAUGUACUGUGGCUGGUUAGUUCUUCUCCUUGGUUUAAUUCAUAGGAAGGCAGGCGGUAGACUCUAUAAGCAACCGCACACCGAUGCUAUGGUGAAUAAACAUCACCAGAUGUUGGCCUCGCAUCUCACAUGCGUCCUGUCAUCAAGCAGAGUGUGGAAAGCAUCGUUUUCAGCAUCGCCUGAUAGCAGUCUGGUGUAAUGAGGUUAGAAUAAUAAUGUGCGUGCGUGCGUGUGUGUGUGUGUCUGCGUGCACAAGGCCAAUCCGUGGCCGCCACGAUAUUCAAAUAGGAACCAGGUUAAGGCGCGGCGAUUAGUGGGAACACUGGCCUCGGGUGUGCUGUCGGCGUGAAACAGCGACUACUUGAGAGGAACAUGAAGCACUUUGCGGCACUCGUGCACGCCCAGACGAGACAGCGGACGCUGGAGGUCUGGCUGUGGAAUCCCAAAGGUUCAGAGCCCCACCGUUGGUACAUCGGUGUGGGAAAGAGAAGGAAGAUCCACGCUAGGUGAGACGUGAAGGGGACUGAAGGAAAAAAAAAAAGCACAGAAA